UGGAAUGACGCGCUCGGGGACCCACAGACGCUCCUGUCCGCCUGGACUUGUGGCUAAGUUAUGAAAUCAAACCAAGCGCACACAGGUACUACACGAGACGCACAGAAUGUCGGCGCACGGAUUGUUGAGUAGCGUUUUUUCGUGUUCGUUGAGCCCGAAGAGUAUAUCCAAGCGGAGACUGAGGCAGACCCGGAGUUUGGACCCGGCUUUGAUACGACACUUCGGAAAUGAGGAUGAGAAGAAGCCGAAGAGGCCAUACAUGAUUCAGGAUGACUUCACCUGGAGCAGCGUGUCAGGACGGAGCGUUGGCCUGAAGCCAGUCCCACUGCAAAGCCUCUCAGAGCUGGAGAGGGUCCGUCUGCAGGAUGUGGCCUUCAGAAGACUGCUGCAGGACUGUGACCUUGGUUGCCACAUCACCAUACCUAAAUAUGACCAGAAGCACAAGAAGUCCCUGAGGCAGAAACUGGACUCAUUAUCCAAAGAAAAACACAAAGACAAAGAGUCUUCGCCUCAAGCGUUUGGUAUUGCACUGUCCCAGGUCAUAGCCAACGACCGCGUGCACAAACAGCGCCACGAUCCCCUGAGGGCGGAGCACAGUGACCCCAGUGAACUGGUGCUCUCCUUCCUCCACCUCACAUCCAGCUUCAAAAGGACCAACAAAGAUCUGUCCAGCAGCAACUCGUCUCUGAGCUCCACAUGUGAGACCCCUAAUGAGUCCCCUGUACGCGGCACGCCCGACCCCGCUCCCAGGACACGCAGGAGGGGUGGGGUGUCUGUGGAUUGCAUCACUGACCUUGAUGAUAACCAGUCCCGUCUACUGGAGGCCCUGCAGCUGUCUCUGCCUGUGGAGAGGAAGAAGCAUCAUGACAAAAAGCUCAGCCUCAACCCCAUUUACAGACAGGUGCCCCGAGUAGUUGACUGCUGCCAACACCUGGAAAAAUAUGGGCUCCAGACUGUGGGAAUAUUUCGAGUUGGAAGUUCAAAGAAAAGAGUAAGGCAGCUUCGUGAGGAUUUUGACCAAGGGUGGGAGGUCACUUUAGAUGAGGAGCACAGUGUUCAUGAUGUAGCGGCUCUGCUCAAAGAAUUUCUCAGGGAUAUGCCAGACCCACUUCUGACAAGAGAGCUCUACACGGCUUUUAUCCAUACGAUGAUGCUGGAUUUCUCAGACCAGGACAGGGUGAUUCAGCUCCUGCUCUUUCUGCUUCCUCCGUGUAACAGUGACACACUACAGCGGCUGCUUUGUUUGCUGUCAACUGUGGCUAAACAUUCAAAAGACACAGUGGACAAAGAGGGACAUGAGGUAACAGGAAACAAAAUGACGUCGCUGAAUUUAGCCACUGUAUUUGGACCAAACCUGUUACAUAAACUCAAGAGCUCAGACAAGGAGUUUGUGGUGGAGAGUUUGGCUCGUGUGGAGGAGAGCACAGCCAUCAUCAGCCUGGUGCAGAAGAUGAUCGAUAUCUAUGACACACUAUUCAUGGUCCCAGCUGACCUGCAGAAUGAAGUACUGAAGAGUUUGCUUGAAACAGAUCCAGAUGUUGUCGAUUACCUUCUGAGGAGACAGGCCUCACACAAUUCAAAUCCAGAUCUCAUUAGACCGGAGGAGCACUUGUGUCUGACUGACAGGUGCUUAUCCAGUGACUCUAUCAAAGCGUCGAGUGGAGAAGUGUCUCCCUAUGACAACAACUCACCAGUUUUUUCCAAUCACCGGAUGUGUGAAUAUACAGGCGACAGCAGCUCACUGUCAUCCAAGCCCAGAGACCACUCUUCAGGCAACAGUUCUCCCACACUUUCAACAGACAAGCUAGUCACCAAUGACCCUUUCUGGGACGACUGGCAUGAAUUGUUCCACCAGGACUUCAGAGGUCAACGCGUCACCGGCUCUGCUGGAGAUGCGUCGGAAUGCGAGUCUUAUGGAUCAUCCGAGGGGCUGAGCAGUCACCAAGGCAACAACAAGCAGCCCGUCACCACAACAAAAACCUUAUUGGGUGGGCUGGAAUUCAAGCCACACCUCCCAGUGACUCGGAGCAGCAGCGGGCCCCAAGACCACAGAGGACAGAGACAAACAGAAUCACUAUUACAUCAAGGAGAGAGCGGCCAAUCAGGAGCACUCAGUUCAGAAAACCUGGCAGUAAGGACAGGGCACUCAGCGGGGCCAUUUUUUAAGGUCAGGACAGAUGGCCACUCUCCUCUUUAUCGCUGUGCAGCGCUGAGAGAGAGCCACAUUUCUCACUCCACACCUUCACUUGUUAAAUAUCAGCCACAAGGUCUUGACUUUCAGAGCCAGAAUUUGUCCCAGCAGAGCACAGACUCUGAGACUGCUCCCACUGCCCGUUUGCCAGGGCCAGGGCAGGGAGGAGCAGACCCCAGCGCACUUGAAUGGAACUCCGAGAGGUGGCAUAUGUGGAAAAUAUUGUCCAAGGAAAAUGCAGACGCUCUGCCAGAAACACUAGUGUGACGCACCUGUCACUAUAAGACAGAAACUUAGAGACUUGUAUUAGUAUGAAGAUGCAGUAUUCAAUAUUUGUCCUGGUCCAUUGCAAUGCACAGUGGUCAUUUGCUGACUGUAUAAACAAUGAAUGUUUAUUUUAAUAUUAUGAUAUGUACUGUAUGUUUGUAUAUUUAAAAACUAAGUGGUAUUUGAUGGUGAAUGUAGACAUUAUUCUAAAUCUGUUUUUGUACCUCAUAGCUACUCCUUGUUUAAUUCUGUAAUGUCCUUAUUACUUGGUAUUAUUAAAGUUCCCAAUCUCUUUCUGUUAUUUCUUUACAGUUAUGUCACACCUCUCUGAUCAAUAUGUAAGUGUGUGUAACUCAGUAUUUUGUAAUUUAUUCAGGGAUUGUGUCGAUACAUGUCAUGCCUCUCUGCCUAAGGUUGUCAUCAAUGUAUGUUUUGCUGUGUUACUUUUAUUAAAAUUGU